UGACAUUCUUUCAGCCAAUCAGAGAGCAUCUUACAUUGAUGUCAGAAAAACGAUAGAAAAUGACGGAAUGGAUAUCGUCAACAAAUAUCAGCUGACUAUAGGAAUAGUGUUGAUAUCAUUUCCCUCUCUGAUUACAGCAAUCAGUCCAAGUACUGGUUUAACAAGUACAGAAGAUAUUGCUACAAUUUCUGCUGUUACCCAAACACCAGACUUUAAUGCAACAACACAAGAAAACUUUACAACUGAAGUAAACAGUACAUUGACAAGCACAUCAGUAGGAUCGACAACUAUACCUUCCCCAUCCACUCCUUAUCGGUGCCCAGAUGGGGCACAUUGUCACAACCUAGGACCAGAGUGUCUUGAUUGCCAGUUUAAUUAUCAUUGUCUCUACGGAAAGGACACAUCUGUGAAUUGCACAGUGAAGGAGGGAGUAAGAUGUAUUGGUUCAAGAGAUCAAACUAAACCUUUGAAAUGCAGGUACUGCUAUCAGCAACCACAAUCAAAUUACACAUGCAGUAAGGUAAACGCUACAUGCGCUGUCAAAGACGCCCCACGCAAAAGAUACACAGCUGCUUGUCAAGUAAAAGAAAAUGUUUUCUGUUUAGGAAGCAGGACAUUUCAAAAGAGUCAGUUCUGUAACUGGACAAGUGGAUAUAAAUGGUCAACAGCACUAGCACUGAGUGUGACACUGGGCGGGUUUGGAGUGGACCGAUUCUACCUGGGGCAGUGGAAAGAAGCUCUGGGGAAAUUGUUCAGCUUUGGGGGGUUGGGGGUAUGGACCAUUGUUGAUGUUAUCCUGAUUGCUGUGGGAUACAUUGGACCAGCGGACGGAUCUCUCUAUAUCUAACGCUUUUUUCUUUUAAUUAACAGCAGCUAUUUUGAUCAUGAUUUGUCAUUGUACAGUUAAACUUUUCCUAAAAUGGAAUUUGAACUCUGGAUGUUUGUGAUGAAAGUUGAGAAAUUGUGUGCAUGUUUAACUUUAUAGCUUUGUAAAAAUGUGAAGGAGCUUUGAAUCGAAAUUUACAGUGAAUUUUUUUCUUACUAAUUAAUGUUCUGUUUUUCAUAUGAAUAUGUUUCGCCUUCUUUUUGAAUAGAAAAUAAAUAAUAAUUCAUAAAAAUUCA